AGGUGGUGACACUUAAGAGUAUGAAUCCACUCGACAAGGUAGAAGGAAUCAUGGAUCGAUUCGUCUGGUCUUAAACUUCUAGUUUCUGUUUUCCACAUGAGUAGAGGUUUGUUUUUCUACACUUUUUGUGUGUGUUCUUCUGGACGGAUGGCCGGUGAAAGAUUAUCUUAUCCGGAGGACUUGGAUGUUCCAGCUGUGGUCACAGUUCGCCUCAUCAGGUCAUUUGAACAAAGAAACUUCAAGCCUGUGGUGUUUCAGCAGGUCAGCCUUAACCAGACCGUGCAGGACUUCAUGCGCUGGGUGAGAGACGAUAUUGCCACAAGGGAAGGACUUCCUCCUCCUUUCAGAAAGUAUGGAUACGACACUAUGAAGAUUAUUCAUCAAGCUCAUGGUUCAAAGACAAGUGAGUUGGUAAUGAGUUUGGAUGAUGAUGAAAAGUUAAUUUUACAAGAUGACCAAACCCUCAAAGCUGCCGGAGUUGCAAAUGAAACAGAAGUGGGAUUCUUCAGAAAAGAAGAUUAUGUUUUCUAUAAAACAAACCCCAAAUCAAAAUGGUGAGCAAACAGUGGAAGUUUUCACCUUGGUUCUUCCUGGAACCACUGCCAGAAUGACAACAACCAGGACUUCCAUUGUUAUGUAAAAAUGUGGGUGUUUUUUUUGUUGUUGUUGUUGUUGAUUUUAGUUGAAGGAACAGUAUGACACUGACCUAUUAUGUCCCUUUAUUAAUAUGGUAUGUUUCUGAUACAAGUUACCAUUGAAAUGUAUAUGUUUGAUUAGUGUUACUAUUAUGUUAAUAAACUUCUAAUAACUGUU